AUUAUUACACAGACAUGAAACAAAUUACUUUCCAUUUUCCCUUUCUUUCUUGACCUCCUCUUCUCUUUUAUACCUUAAACAAAAACCAAAACUCACUCCUUUAUCAAUCAAGCUGUACGCAGUCAAUCUCUCCACGAAGCAGCACCCCGGAAAAGAGGGUCAGUAAGUGGUAACCCGUGUUCAAUUGGGGUUUUGUUAAUUAAGGUUCAAGGGAAGGUAUGGCAGGAGAGGAUGUCGACUUGUCAAGUUUGACGUUGCAAGUUGGAGAAACUCAGGAAACGUGGAAGCAGGAGAUGGAAAGGCGACACUCUCAAGUGGAUGUGUUACAAGUGAAGCUUAUGGAGGUGAAGGCUUGUGUACAAGGGUCGGAGGAACAUGCAAAGGAGAUGGAGGUUCUUUGGCGAAGAGUGAAAACAACCUCGACAUUGUUGACUUAUUUAAAAGCAAAAGCACGAGUCUUUGCUGUUCCUGAGUUAGCUCACACAUCAUGUGGAAUAAAGGAAUUAGAAGGAGUGGGGCUUGUUGACAGGAAUGGAACUCCAUUGUCCAGUUGGUCCCGGGAUGUUGAUCUUUCUUCAUUUGGCCCGGAUGAAGAAUCAUGUAUCAGACUUAGAAAGCAACAAGGAAGCUAUGAUGAACAAGACGAAGCUUAUAUUGGUGAAUUACUCAAGUCUGUGCAGAUGGUAUCCGAUGUGAUGGAAGGUCUUGUUAAAAGAGUUAUAAUGGCAGAAUCUGAAACUGCACUGGAGAAAGAUAAGGUAACUUUAGGUCAGGAAGAAAUUAGAAGGAAAGCAAUCCAAAUUGAGAACAUGUCUUUGAAAUUAGAGGAGAUGGAGCGGUUUGCUCUGGGUACAAAUGGUAUUUUGAAUGAUAUGCGGAAGAGGGUUGAGGAUUUGGUUGAAGAGACAUCUAGGCAGAGGCAAUGUGCUGCAGAAAAUGAGCAAGAGCUUUGCCGAGUGAAAAGGGACUUCGAGUCUCUAAAAUCCUAUGUUAGCAGUCUCAUUAGUGUCAGAGAGACACUUCUUUCAUCAGAGAGGCAAUUUCAAACUAUUGAGAGGCUUUUUGAACGGCUAGUUGCGAAGACAACACAAUUGGAGGGUGAGAAAAUGCAGAAAGAGACUGAAGUUCAGAAACUUAUGGAAGAGAAUGUGAGGUUGAGUGCCCUUCUUGAUAAGAAAGAGGCUCAACUUCUGGCCAUGAAUGAACAAUGCAAGUUAAUGGCCCUGAAUGCUUCAAAUAUUUGAUUUGGUGGUGCUAUCCUGCUACACCAGAUGGCCGGGGGUGAAUGGUUGCUUCAUUCAAGCUCAAUGGUCUCGGAGAUUCAAGGGUUCUGUAUUACGGAGCAUCUCAGGUUCCUUUUCCAAAAUGUAACAUUCUUAAGAGCUCAGUGAACUCUUUUUCUAGUACCAUUCUUGUGCUUUGUAAAAUCGAAGUGAUAAAAAUAUUGAUCAUAGUUGUGAUUUGUCCUGCUAAUCAAAUUGUUGACAAGCUUUUUAUCUUUUCAGUAA